GGGUGAAAGUUAGGGUAAGUAGGGAUAUAUAUAAAAAGAAAGAAAAGCAUAUAAGAAUUGUGUUUUUUCUUCAUUGAUCAGUGUACAAAUAAGAAGUCUUUGGAAGUUGUGUGAGUUUUCCGAAAGCCUUUGAAGUUCGCCGGAAAAUAGCAAUAUUUUCAAUUCAAGCCAAUCAGAUGGGAAGAGGAAAGAUAGAGAUAAAGAGGAUAGAGAACAACACAAACAGGCAGGUUACAUUUUGCAAGAGGAGAAAUGGAUUGUUGAAGAAAGCCUAUGAACUCUCUGUUCUCUGUGAAGCUGAGAUUGCUCUUAUUGUUUUCUCCACCCGUGGACGCGUCUAUGAAUACUCUAACAACAACAUUAAGGCAACUAUUGACCGAUACAAGAAGGCAACUGCUGAAACCUCCAAUGCUUGCACCACUCAAGAGCUCAAUGCUCAGUUUUAUCAACAAGAAUCAAAAAAGCUGCGCCAACAGAUACAAAUGAUGCAGAAUUCAAACAGGCAUCUGGUUGGUGAAGGGUUAAGUUGUUUGAACGUAAGAGAGCUGAAGCAGUUGGAAAAUAGACUUGAACGAGGCAUCAGUAGAAUCAGAUCAAAAAAGCAUGAGAUGAUACUGGCUGAAACUGAGAAUUUGCAGAAGAGGGAAAUUCUACUGGAACAGGAGAAUGCAUUCCUUAGAUCAAAGAUAGCAGAAAAUGAGAGGCUUCAGGAAUUAAGCAUGAUGCCAGCAGCAGGAGGACAAGAGUACAGUGCAAUACAGCAAUAUUUAGCAAGAAAUAUGCUUCAACUUAAUAUGAUGGAAGGCCAAGGUGUCUCUUCUUAUGAUCCAUUGCCUCCUCCUCAUCAUGACAAGAAGUCCCUUGAACUUCAGUAGAAUAAAAUCCCCAGCAAAAGCUUUGAGAAUUUUACAAAAGAAAUUUAAUGUCUACAACUUAUGAAGUAAUCUCUGAUGAUUGUAUGUUACUUAAAUUAGUACCUUAUUUUGUGUAUUUGAAUUGUUUGUUUUAGGAUUUGUAAGAAAUUUGAACUUAUGAUGAGCUUAGAAAGUAUGUUGAAGUUCAC